UGCUUCCGCGACCAACUCUACCAGCCAUGCCAAGGAUGUGCCCACCGCGCUGUGGAAGAAUAUCUGGGAGAGCGACGGGAGCAGCAGCUAUGCCCGUGCUGGAGUGAGCAGUCACAGCAAUCAAAGCGGCGGUAGUCUUGGUGGUGGUGGUGCCCUGGGGACUCGCGCGUUGCUCAGUCCGACAACGACGACGACGACACAGCCUGUACCAUACUUUCCUCCACCGCCCACUGCGGCAGUGGUGCCUGUGUCUAACCCCAAGAGGAGCCGGGGACUGUUUCCCAUUCUGAGGUCCCCUACUAGUGGUGGUGGUGGUGGUGAUCAUCACGCGUCCCCGCCAAUGUCUUCUUCUUCCACCUCUCCUCCUCCUUUUGUCCCUCCCAAGAUGUCGACGGCAAACACUCCCCAAGUCCAGCCCCCUUUGCCGUCGAUAGUCAUGCACUCGAGCAGCAGCAGCACGACGAGUGUGAAUACCUUCCCUACCCCUCUCUAUCCCCCGCCUGCUCCUCGUCCUACUCCUCAUUCACUUGCAACUCUGUCGUCCACUCAUCCUACUGCUGCUAUUUCUGCUGCAGGCCGGUCCUUGACAAGCACAAUCUACCAACCCGCCCAGGUCCGAUCCAACAUGCCGCUGUCAAAUCCGCAGCCAACCCUCAGGAGCGUCCCGUCGUCAACACCAAGCAUCUCAUACCCGGGUCCUGCCCCAGGCGGCAGCAGGAACGAUACUGAAGCCGACGAAGGGGACGACAAUAUGAUGGCGGGCCCCAAGUCCGCGGUCGCCGAGGCUGGAUUCAUCCCCAUCGGGAUCCUCUCGCCAGAUAGCAGCACUUUUAGCCCGCAGCAGCAACAGCAACAGCAACAACAGAGGCCCGGACUGCCCGCGAGGAUUGAUACUUCUUCCUCCACCCAAUCGGCCUCGGGACCACCGGCAAGCUCUUUGUCUCCCUGCAGUGACGACGACGGGUUCACACCAGUGACUCCUGGCACGGGCCUGGGGUCCGCUACAUCUCCUCGCACUCGUCGUGUCGGCUGGGGCGUUGCUGGUGCCGGUAGUGCUGGUAGAGAUGGUGGUAGUAGUGGUCUAAGCCCACGAGACGCGCUGGGGAUUCCGCUCAGCAAGAUCCUGCGCUAUGCCUCGUUUCGGAAUCAGCAGCAGCAGCAGCCGCAGCAGCAGCAACAACGACAACGACCGGUCAACGAGAAGGCCAACGUCGUCGUCGAUGACGACGACGAGUACGAGGACGUCACGCCGCUCACGCCGCGCACUCCUGGCGGUGCUCCUACUGCUCCUGCUGCGGCUGCCGCCAGGCCACAGAAGAGUGUGCGGCAGACGCUGUUUGGUCUUGUCGAGGGGUGGUGGGACCUGGGGCUGCUGGAGAGAGGGAAGAGUCUUAGACGGGGAGGCGGUGGUGGUGGCGGUGCUCGGUGAUGGAAAAGUUGUGCCUCGGGGUUUGAGAGAAAGACUGAACGGGGAAUCUGGGGUGGUGUUUUUGAUUGUUGGUUUUGGUAGUAGUGUUGUUGGUGGCGAUGAUGCCAAGUAAUGCUGGGAAUGGAUGAAACUGGAACUGGGAACGGAAAUGGUAUUGGAUCUGGGAAACGGGGCGUUUUUCUUUUUGGGAAGUGAUGGAUAUAAUUCAGGGAAAAAAUUGGCAAAUUGAAAUCAACAACGUUUAGAUGACAUUGAU